AUGGCCGAGCAACUCAUUCUCAAGGGAACCCUCGAGGGCCACAAUGGCUGGGUAACCAGUUUGGCCACCUCCAUGGAGAACCCCAACAUGCUACUGUCCGGUAGCCGUGACAAGACCCUGAUCAUCUGGAACCUCACCCGCGACGAGUCGCAAUACGGAUACCCCAAGCGAUCUCUCCACGGCCACUCCCACAUCGUCUCCGACUGCGUUAUCUCCUCUGACGGCGCCUACGCUCUGUCUGCUUCCUGGGACAAGACCCUCCGACUCUGGGAGCUCGCUACCGGCACUACUACGCGACGGUUCGUCGGCCACACCAACGACGUCCUCUCCGUCUCCUUCUCCGCCGACAACCGACAGAUCGUCUCCGGCUCUCGUGACCGAACCAUCAAGCUAUGGAACACCCUAGGUGACUGCAAGUUCACCAUCACCGACAAGGGACACACCGAAUGGGUCUCCUGCGUCCGAUUCAGCCCUAACCCCCAGAACCCCGUCAUCGUGUCCAGCAGCUGGGACAAGCUCGUCAAGGUCUGGGAACUCUCCACCUGCAAGCUCCAAACCGACCACAUCGGUCACACCGGCUACAUCAACACCGUCACCAUCUCCCCCGACGGAUCCCUGUGCGCCUCCGGUGGUAAGGACGGUACCACCAUGCUGUGGGACUUGAACGAGUCGAAGCACCUGUACUCCCUGAACGCCGGCGACGAGAUCCACGCCCUCGUCUUCUCUCCCAACCGAUACUGGCUCUGCGCCGCCACCGCUAGCAGCAUCAUCAUCUUCGACCUGGAGAAGAAGAGCAAGGUUGACGAGUUGAAGCCCGAGUUCACCUCCGUCGGCAAGAAGAGCCGGGAACCCGAGUGCGUGAGCUUGGCCUGGAGUGCGGACGGCCAGACUCUGUUCGCUGGCUACACUGACAACAUUAUCCGAGCAUGGGGUGUCAUGUCGAGGGCAUAA